CUCAAAUGAAGCAAUCGUUUCUCCGCAUCACUCCGCAGCCGUUGGCUCAAGCGCAGGCCCGCGCAGCCGCUGGCUGAGCAGCGGGCGCUGCUCCGAUGGCGUCGGUCCUCCUUCAGUCCCCGGCGCCAGCCUGGCCCGCCCAGGGCGGUGCGCCACAGCCGGAGCCUCCCGGCGCGCCGCCGGUGCUGCUGCACGAUGCCUUCUGCCUGGAGGUGUGCAGACUGCUGCGCCCGGGGAGCUUCGCACAGUGGAGGGCCACUGCGGCCUCGGUGGAGGUCAGGGUGGCCAGGCACUCCCGCAUCGUUGCGUCGGCGAGGAUGAGGCGGAGCCUCGCUCAAGACCCAGAUGGCCUUGGCGCUCUGGACGCCUACUGCGCAUGGCGGUUGACGGCGCCGCAGCUGGCGGAGAGGCUCUUGUCUGGGGAACAGUUCCCGCUGCUGCAGCGCCGGCGCAUCCAGGCCGCCGGUUUUUUUCGCGCUUCGGGGCCAGUGGAGCGGACAGCCUUCGUGGAGGCGGUGUCCUCCUGCCUCCAGCGCGACCCGCCGAAGGGGGAGGUCCUGGCUGACUGCUGGUCGCUACCCGAGGCCUCGCACGUCCUCGCGCGCAUAGUGGAUCCGGCACCUGGUGCCUGGGCGCACGGAGGCGGCUGGAUCGACGCACAGUGCUUGGACUGCCUGCUGCAUGCCGAGGAGGAGUACCUCUUCGGCCUCUUCCAUUCGCUCAACCGCACCUUUGCUCGCCUGCCCGCGCGCGUUUCACACUCUGACGCCUCCCUCGACAGACGGGCCAGCGCAGGCGGCGCGGCCAGCUGUAGCGCUGCGGCAGCGACGGCCUCGGGCACUACCACUGGGCGACCCGCGCCGGCGCUGGCGCGGCCGCCCGGCGUCGGCGUCCUUUUCACCUCCGGGCUCUACGUGCCGCUGCUGGAGAGGGCGUCGGAGCACCUGGCCGCCGCGCUGGGCGCCAGACCGCUGGCCGUUGGCAUCGGAGACGCUGCGCGGCCCGACCUGGUCGAGGCGCUGCACGGCGUCCUCUUCGUGCAGGCGCGGCGCUUCGCGCAGCUCUCGGGCGAGGGGCUGGCCCAGAGGGUGCGCGACCUCGAGGUGGUCGCGAGGCGCCCAGGCACCCCCCCGAGGCCGUCGGCCGUGGCCGCGCGCGCGGAGCCCCACCGCUGGAGGGGCGCGCUGGACGCCGCCGUCCGGCUCCAGAGCGGGCCGCGGAGCUACCCGCCGGCCUGGGAGAUGGCCUACUACAUCCACGGCGUCCUCUCCGCCCCCGAGCCCGACGCGCACAUGGAGGGCGCCGGGCUCCGGCUGGACCUGCUCGCGCUGCUGGCGCUGGUGGCGCGCGACGGCACCCGCGCCGUGGCGGCGCUCGCCCGCGAGGGCGGCGAGGGCGAGCGGGCGCUGGUCGGGGAGCUGUCCAGGGCGAGGGCCGCCAUCGUCGGCGGCCUCCAGGAGCUGCGCUGGUGCGAGACCGCGGUCGCGCGCUGGCGGCUUUGCCCUGGCUACUGCGAGUCCAGCGUCGUCCGCUGAGUGAUAGAUGGAGCCCAGUAUCCCCC